AUGUUCAUAUUUAAACAUUUAAUAUAUUUAUAUCAUCAUCAUUCUUCGUUCAUUUUCAUCUCCUUCAUCUUUUACUUUUCUUUCCUCUCUUCUCCUCCUUUCCCCAGUCUCCUUUUCUUUACCCCCCGUCUCCUUUUCUUCCCCCCCGUCUCCUUUUCUUUCCUUCCCUCCCUCCCGUCUCCUUUUCUUUCCUUCACUCCCUCCCGUCUCCUUUUCUUUCCUUCCCCUCUUCCUCCCACUUCUCUUUUCCUUCCCUCCCUCUCUUUUUCUCCCUUCUUUUUUCACACUUUUGCCCCUUUUCUAUCUCUCAUUUGCCCUCUCCUUAUUUUCUCUCUUUCAAGCUUAUCUUCUCUCUCCAAUUUCUCUCUCUGCCUCAUCUGUUAUUCCUCUCUCUCUCUCUCUCUCUGCCUCAUCUGUUAUUCCUCUCUCUCUCUCUCUCUGCCUCAUCUGUUAAUCCUCUCUCUCUCUCUCUCUGCCUCAUCUGUUAAUCCUCUCUCUCUCUCUCUGCCUCAUCUGUUAUUCCUCUCUCUCUCUCUCUCUCUCUCUGCCUCAUCUGUUAUUCCUCUCUCUCUCUCUCUGCCUCAUCUGUUAUUCCUCUCUCUCUCUCUCUGCCUCAUCUGUUAUUCCUCUCUCUCCCUCUCUCUGCCUCAUCUGUUAUUCCUCUCUCUCUCUCCUCAUCUGUUAUUCCUCAUCUGUUAUUCCUCUCUCUCUCUCUCUGCCUCAUCUGUUAUUCCUCUCUCUCUCUGCCUCAUCUGUUAUUCCUCUCUCUCUCUCUGCCCCAUCUGUUAUUCCUCUCUCUCUCUCUGCCCCAUCUGUUAUUCCUCUCUCUCUCUCUGCCUCAUCUGUUACUCCUCUCUCUCUGCCUCAUCUGUUACUCCUCUCUCUCUGCCUCAUCUGUUACUCCUCGCUCUCUGCCUCAUCUGUUACUCCUCGCUCUCUGCCUCAUCUGUUACUCCUCGCUCUCUGCCUCUCCUGUUACUCCUCUCUCUCGCUCUCUGCCUCUCCUGUUAUUCCUCUCCCUCGCUCUCUCUCUCUAGAUCGAUCCUCUUCCUACUUUCUACGAAAGUGUUAAUGUUGUCAUAUUUAUUUUUAUUUUUUUUCCUUAAUAAAUAUUUAAUCAUCAUGUAG